AUGCUGUACCUCCCAUUCUUCCAUUUUCCCACUUUACUGCUCGCUCUCAUGGCCACCGCCGCCUUCCUUCCCCCCGCCCCAAUCUUUCGCCCUCGCACCCCCACCGCUCGCCACCGUGGCUUACCCAUCUGCGCCGCCGCCUCCGACGCGCCGCCGCCAGAUGCCGAGACGGACGAGGGAGAGGCCCCACGCGGCGGCCGGAAGGACCGCCGCCGCGUGGUGCGGAUCGCGUGGGAGAAGCUCGUCCGGUGGUCUCGCUCCUGGCGCAGCCGCAACCGCAGCGACGUCCUCGAGACCACGCGCAAGGUGGUGGUCCUCGGAGGGGGCUCGUUCGGAACGGCGAUGGCGGCGCAGGUGGCAGCCAAGAAGCCCGACCUUGAGGUGGCCAUGCUGCUCCGGGAUGACCUCGUCUGCCGCUCCAUCAACGACCGCCAUGUCAACUCCAAAUACUUGUCAGAAUACAGCUUGCCAGAAAAUAUUGUUGCAACAACUAGUGCUAGUGAAGCUUUAGCAGGAGCUAAUUUCUGCUUCCACGCUGUCCCUGUUCAGUUCAGUUCAUCCUUUCUUGAGAGUAUUUCAACAUAUGUUGAUCCAAAGUUGCCAUUCAUAUCACUUAGCAAAGGGCUGGAACUUAACACCCUUCGGACAAUGUCUCAAAUCAUUCCUCUUGCACUGGGAAAUCCUCGCCAACCAUUUAUUGUUCUGUCAGGACCUUCUUUUGCAGUAGAACUGAUGGAGAAACUACCAACAGCUAUGGUGGUGGCAUCCAAAGACAGAAAGCUGGCAAGUGCUGUUCAACAGCUCUUAGCGUCUUCAAAUUUGAGGAUAAGCACAUCAAGUGACGUUACAGGGGUAGAAAUUGCAGGCGCACUUAAGAAUGUUCUUGCAAUAGCAGCAGGUAUAGUUGAAGGUAUGCAUCUUGGAAAUAAUUGUAUGGCUGCCCUUGUUGCUCAAGGCUGUUCUGAAAUUCGGUGGUUGGCGACAAAGAUGGGAGCAAAGCCAACAACCCUUUCUGGUUUAUCUGGCUCAGGUGAUAUCAUGCUUACAUGUUUUGUAAAUCUUUCACGGAACAGAAAUGUGGGAUUGCGUCUUGGUUCAGGCGAGAAACUUGAUGAGAUCUUGAAUUCAAUGAAUCAGGUUGCUGAAGGUGUGUCAACUGCUGGCGCUGUCAUUGCAUUAGCUCAGAAGUACAACGUCAAACUGCCAGUCCUGACAGCAGUUGCACGAAUAAUUGAUAAUGAACUAACUCCGAAGAGAGCUGUUAUGGAGUUAAUGAAUCUUCCACAGGUGGAGGAAGUCUAA